UUGAAAGUGUGCUGCACUUCAUAAUAAAUGCUGGAUAGAGAACUCUUAAUGGAAGUUACCUUAAUGGGUGUACUCCCGGUAAUGUCUUAUUGCUAAAUAACCUUAGUUCUGGUAAAUAGACGUAAAACCGAUGAUUAGCGAGCUGCGUAAUUAGUUCCGUUCAUUAUCUGAAACCGCAAAAUAGGUAGUAAACUCAGUAUUUACAGUUUAACGUCUGUUAUCUAAGCACCUCACCGGACAGUAGCGUUGCACCACUUUCAGUAAUAACUAACCAAACGUGCGACUUCUACAUAUUAUAACAGCUAGUGAUUUGCGUAGACAGAUUCCCGGACUACCGAAACUGUGGUCAGUGUCAAUUUUCAUUCGAAUACUGAUAAUCUCUCCUAAUAUUUACCGGUGUGAUCGGAAACCCCGAUAAAGUGCCUGGCUUUACACGUAAUAAAAAUGCGCUAUUAAAAGGUUGGAAUGGUUAAGAUGUCCCGGCGACAGUUCGACAAGAGUGCUGAAGAGGAAAUCCCUCGACCGACUGCCCGGUUAAAGACUGGUAUUCCUUCUGUCUGCGACCUGCCCUGAGCUACCUGGCAUCUAGGCAGAAGCACUCGCUCCCCGAUCUUACCUACGAUUAUGGGGCCCUGGAGCCCCACGUCAGUGCUGAGAUCAUGCAGCUGCACCACAGCAAACACCACGCCACUUACGUCAACAACCUCAACAUCGCCGAUGAGAAGUACAAGGAGGCGCUAGCCAAGGGUGACAUAACGACCCAGGUGGCUUUGCAGCCAGCCUUAAAGUUUAAUGGCGGCGGGCACAUCAACCACACCAUCUUCUGGACGAACCUUUCCCCAAACGGUGGCGGGGAGCCACAAGGGGAGCUGUUGGAAGCCAUAAAGCGGGAUUUUGGCUCCUUUGAGAAGAUGAAGGAGAAGAUGUCUACAGCUUCAGUUGCUGUGCAGGGCUCUGGAUGGGGAUGGCUGGGCUUUGAUAAGGAGAGUGGCCGCCUGCGGAUUGCAGCCUGCGCCAACCAGGACCCCCUUCAGGGGACAACAGGCCUGAUUCCGCUGCUUGGCAUCGACGUAUGGGAGCAUGCCUACUAUCUGCAGUACAAGAACGUGAGACCAGACUACGUGAAAGCCAUCUGGAACGUGGUGAACUGGGAGAACGUGAACGAUAGGCUCCAGGCAGCAAAGAAAUGACUGUGAUCUAUCAAAUGGGCAACGCUGCAGGCUGAGCAAUCCACUGUAGAGCACCGUGACCUUCCCUGACCCAUCUGAAGACCGGUCCUCCCUGAACCUACACGACCCAACAUAAUCCAUCCAGUAUAUUUCUCAUGAGAGAACAACGGCAUCAGCUGCUUGGCGAAAAUGAUUCUGGAGUGCUUUUUGUCAGGCUGACAAGCAGCAGCAACUGACAAAGGUUUAGUUUUUGUUCGUUUGUGUAAUUAAAAUUAUUUGAAACUGA